GGCAGAGCGUAAACUUUCUGAGAAGAACUGCCAGGACCUUUAAAGGCCACCUUCAUCUCCCUUACCCCCUCCCUCCUACCUCUCAGUACCAAGAAGCAUCCAGAAGGCAUGGGUUAGCAGGGCACACAUGACCUACAGGGUCCCUUUCAGGACCUGCUGGCAUCUGUUCCAGCCUCAUCCUCCGCUCCUUCCUUUCUCAAGUUUUGAUCAUCUUUUCAUACCCCGGGAGAUCUCCACUGGAUUUCUGGGCCUCCCUCUAGGGUCCAAAACAGAAGAGACUUCCUGUGGCUCUUCAAGAUGCCCUUUGGUGCUUUAGAGGCUCCAGGAAAAGCUUGAGCCGAAACACUCCAUGCUUAGCAGCCACACCUCCGGGACUCAGGCCUCUGAUGUAACUGCCUCCCCGUGCCCUGAUUGUUGGACCCAUGGACCCAGCCCUGAUGGGCUCCCUUCAGCACUGCUGUUGCCGGCUGCCUAAGAUGGGUGACACCUGGGCCCAGCUUCCCUGGCCUGGGCCCUUCCACCCAGCCAUGCUAUUAGUCUCUCUCCUUUUGGCCGCUGGUGUCGCACACUUGGAGGCAGGUACCAGCUGCCCGGUCCUUUGUACCUGCCACAACCAAGUGGUGGACUGCAGCGGCCAGAGGUUAUUUUCUGUGCCCCCAGACCUGCCGAUGGACACCCGCAACCUCAGCCUGGCCCACAACCGCAUCACAGCUGUACCGCCAGGCUACCUCACAUGCUACAUGGAGCUCCAAGUGCUGGACCUGCGCAACAAUUCCUUGAUGGAGCUGCCCCCCGGCCUCUUCCUGCAUGCCAAGCGUCUGGCACACCUGGAUCUGAGCUACAACAACCUGAGCCAUGUGCCGGCUGACAUGUUCCAGGAGGCCCAUGGGCUGGUGCACAUCGACCUGAGUCACAACCCGUGGCUGCGUAGAGUACACCCCCAGGCCUUCCAGGGCCUUGUGCAGCUCCGGGACCUGGACCUCAGCUAUGGAGGCCUGGCCUUUCUCAGCCUGGAGGCCUUGGAGGACCUGCCUGGAUUGGUGACGCUGCAGAUCGGGGGCAAUCCCUGGGUAUGUGGCUGCACCAUGGAGCCGCUGCUGAAAUGGCUGCGAAACCGAAUCCAGCGCUGUACAGCGGAUUCUCAGCUGGCUGAGUGUCGAGGGCCCCCUGAAGUUGAGGGGGCCCCUCUCUUCUCACUCACCGAGGAGAGUUUCAAGGCCUGCCACCUGACUCUGACCCUGGACGAUUACCUCUUCAUCGCCUUUGUGGGUUUCGUGGUCUCCAUCGCUUCUGUGGCUACCAACUUCCUCCUGGGCAUCACCGCCAACUGCUGUCAUCGCUGGAGCAAGGCCAGCGAAGAAGAGGAGAUUUGAUAC